GCCUGUUGAGCUCUCGACCAAUCAGAGCGCUUCUUUGACGCAGCCGCAGCUUCGCUCCAACUACAAACUUGAAACUUCAGCAGCAGCUGUCGAGCACACAUCCAGGUCCAGCUUCCCCUCGCAACUCAGAAAUGCCUCAGACCAAAAAGUCUGUGAGGGGCGCCGGUGGUGCGAGUCGGCCGGGCGACCCGGAGCCGGGCGACCCGGAUCCGGGCGACCCGGAGCCGGGCGAGCCGCCGCCUCCAUCUCCACAAGAAGGGAGGCUGGCUGGAGGAGGAAGAGGCGGAGUGGAGCUGGAGCAGGGAGACCCGGACAUCGUCAAGUCCCCCAGUGACCCCAAGAAGUACAGGUUCCUUGAACUCGGAAACGGACUCCGGGUUCUGCUGAUCUCGGACCUCAGCAGGGCGAACGAGAACGAAGAGGGUCAGCAGGAGGAGAGCGAGGGAGACGAGGAAGAGGAGGACGAUGAGGAGGAUGAUGAGGAAGGAGAAUCCAGUGCCAGCUCUGAUGAAGAGGAGGAGGAGGAGAGCGAUGAGGAAGAGGAGCCAGAGCUGAUGGAGGUGGACGAAGAAGAUCGAACGAAGAAGAAGAGUUCAGAGAAACAGGCGGCCGCCGCUCUCUGCGUCGGCGUCGGCAGCUUCUGUGACCCCGAUGACCUCCCCGGCCUCGCCCACUUCCUGGAGCACAUGGUCUUCAUGGGAAGUGAGAAGUUCCCGGCGGAGAACGAUUUCGACGCGUUCCUGAAGCGUCAUGGCGGCAGCGACAACGCGUCCACCGACUGCGAGCGGACCGUCUUCCAGUUCGACAUUCAGAGGAAGUUCUUCAGGGAGGCCCUGGACAGGUGGGCCCAGUUCUUCAUUUGCCCUCUGAUGGUCCAGGACGCCUUGGACCGAGAGGUGGAAGCCGUGGACAGCGAGUACCAGUUGGCCCGGCCGUCUGAUUCCCAUCGUAAGGAGAUGCUGUUUGGCAGUCUGGCCCGACCCGGACAUCCCAUGACGAAGUUCUGCUGGGGUGAGCUGCGGUUCUGAUCUGGUCCGGCCCGACCA